CACGUGGUCGGGGUGCACCCCUUUGGAGCCAUCCUCCAUCUGUCCUCUGCUAGGAGGGCUCGUCCCUAGUAGAGCAAAGAUGGUGACCCCCAGGAAAAAGACCCUCAAAGCGCUCGCCUUCCUCAUGCUCUUCAUCUUCCUCACCUCCUUCCUCCUCAACUACUCGCACACCAUGGUGACCACCACCUGGUUCCCCAAACAGAUGGUCCUGGAGCUCUCCGAGAACUUGCGCAGGCUGCUCAAGUCCCGGCCGUGCACCUGCACGCACUGUGUGGGCCAGCGCAAGCUCUCGGCAUGGUUUGACGAGCGCUUCAACCAGACCAUGCAGCCGCUGCUCACGACACACAACGCCCUCCUGGAUGAGGACACAUACAGAUGGUGGCUGAAGCUCCAGCGGGAGAAGCAGCCCAGUAACUUCAAUGACACCGUGAGGGAACUGUUCAGCGUGGUGCCGGGCAACGUGGACCCUGUGCUGGAGAAAGGGUCAGUGGGCUGCCGGCGCUGUGCUGUGGUGGGCAACUCCGGCAACCUGCGAGAGUCCUUCUACGGGCCAGACAUAGACAGCCACGACUUUGUGCUGAGGAUGAACAAAGCGCCCACUGUGGGCUUUGAGGUCGACGUGGGGAGCAAGACCACCCACCAUCUUGUGUACCCCGAGAGUUUCCGGGAGCUGGGGGAGAACGUGAGCAUGGUCCUGGUCCCCUUCAAGACCACCGACCUGCAGUGGGUGAUCAGCGCCACCACCACGGGCACCAUCACCCACACCUACGUCCCUGUGCCUUCCAAGAUCAAAGUGAAACAGGAGAAGAUCCUCAUCUACCACCCGGCCUUCAUCAAGUACGUCUUCGACAGCUGGCUGCAGGGCCACGGGCGGUACCCGUCCACCGGGAUCCUUUCCGUCAUCUUCUCCAUGCACAUCUGUGAUGAGGUGGACUUGUAUGGCUUUGGGGCAGACAGCAAAGGCAACUGGCACCACUACUGGGAGAACAACCCCUCGGCCGGUGCCUUCCGCAAGACCGGCGUGCACGACGCAGACUUCGAGUCUAAUGUCACGGCCACCUUGGCGGCAAACCACAAGAUCCGGAUCUUCAAAGGCAGAUGACGCUGUGCAGGGCGGGGAAGGGAUGCGCCCCACUGCGCCUCUCUGUUUCCAGCUCCAGCACCUCACGGAGCCAAGGGGCCCCCUUUGGGUGUGCCCAGGCUGCCGCUCUCAGCCUGUGCCCGACCUUGAGCAAGGUAGC